AUGGCCUUCAGUGGCACGGAUUCAUCUCAAGGAAAAGGUCAAAUAUUAUCGAAUAUCAACGCGUGCCUUGCAGUUCAGUCCACAAUCAAGGGAACCCUAGGCCCAUAUGGCGGAGACGUAUUGCUCGUGGAUUCGAACGGGAAACAGACCAUUACGAACGAUGGAGCGACAGUAAUGAAGCUGCUUGACAUUGUCCACCCCGCUGCUCGAGUCCUUACCGAUAUUGCACGGUCGCAAGAUGCUGAAGUCGGUGAUGGCACCACGUCCGUGGUAGUAUUGGCGGGGGAGAUCUUGAAGGAAGUCCGUGAAUUUGUGGAACAGGGCGUGAGUUCACAGACGAUCAUUAAGGGGCUGAGACUUGCGAGUGCAAUUGCAGUAAACAGAAUCAAAGAGAUAGCGGUUGAUAUGAGGGAUACGGGUGAGGGGAACACGAUGCAGGUCGAGACCCUGAGGCGAUUGGCGGGCACGGCAAUGAACAGUAAACUGAUUAAGCGAAAUGCGGAAUUUUUUACAAAGAUGGUCGUUGAUGCCGUUUUGUCCUUGGAUCAGGACGACUUGAAUGAAAAGCUUAUCGGCAUUAAGAAGGUCACUGGCGGCGCCUUGCAGGAUUCCUUAUUUGUGGAUGGUGUCGCAUUCAAAAAGACCUUUUCUUACGCAGGUUUCGAACAACAACCCAAAUCCUUCAAGGAUCCAAAAAUCGUCUGCCUCAAUGUCGAACUUGAGCUUAAGAGCGAAAAAGAUAAUGCGGAAGUUCGCGUGGAGCAAGUAUCUGAGUAUCAGGCAAUUGUGGACGCCGAAUGGCAGAUCAUAUUCAAUAAACUCGAGGCACUGUAUAAGACAGGGGCAAAGGUCGUGCUGAGCAAACUUCCUAUUGGUGAUCUGGCCACGCAGUACUUUGCUGACCGUGAUAUUUUCUGUGCGGGCCGUGUGUCUGCCGAAGACAUGGAGCGUGUUAACCAAGCCACCGGAGCCUCCACACAAUCGACUUGCUCUGACAUUCAAGACCGUCAUCUAGGAACUUGCGGCUCUUUCGAAGAGCGCCAAGUCGGAGGCGAGCGAUUCAAUAUCUUCUCCGACUGCCCGGCGGCCAAGACUUGCACAUUGAUUCUUCGUGGUGGCGCGGAGCAAUUCAUCGCGGAAGCCGAACGCAGUUUACACGAUGCCAUCAUGAUUGUGAAGCGAGCGUUACGCAACACCUCGGUUGUGGCUGGCGGAGGAGCGACGGAAAUGGACGUUUCGAGCUACCUACAUUCGUAUGCCAACAAGAGCAAGGCCGUCGCCCAUAAACAGCAAGGUAUUGUGAAGGCGUUCGCGAAGGCGCUUGAGGUCAUUCCACGGCAAUUGUGCGACAAUGCGGGUUUCGAUGCCACUGAUAUCCUGACCCGUCUUCGCGUGCAGCACCAAGCUGGCAAUGUGUGGGCCGGCGUCGAUUUCGAUAAUGAGGAUGUUAGGGAUAAUAUGAAAGCGUUUGUCUGGGAACCGAGCCUGGUCAAGGUCAACGCCAUUCAGGCGGCGAUUGAGGCUUCAUGCUUGAUUUUGAGUGUUGACGAGACGAUAAAGAACCAAGAGUCUGCCCAACCACAAGCAUCAGGGAAGCCAUUGCCAGCGGGAGCAGCGCAAAGAGUGUUGAGAGGGAGGGGACGUGGCAUGCCUAGACGGUAA